AUGCCUCCUCGCGGAAAUCCGGAGAGAGGCCGCGGCGGACCUCGUGGAGGUGGAGGAGGCUCGCGCGGCGGAUCGCGCGGCGGCUCGCGCGGCGGGGCGGGCUCGGGACGAGGUGCGCCGUCGACACGAGGCGGAAGUGUCGCGGGGGCGGCGGCCCCUGGACCUGCGAUUCGGGCUGCCGCUGCGCCCGCCGCUGGUGGGCUACCCCAGGGCCCCAUCACCACCGUCGGUGUCAAGAGGCCCUCGUUCGGGAACAGCGGGCGUUUGGCCAGGGUCGUCACGAACCAUUUUGAAGUCUCGACCCCUCAGUCGAUCAUCCAUCAUUAUGACGUGAUCACGCCCGCGGCGAAGCCUCUCCCACUGCGAUUGAACAUGGAGAUCAUAAAGCGGCUCCAGACCGACAUCGCCCCGCAGAUCUUCAGCCCGCGCGCGGUGUACGAUGGGCGGGCGAGCAUGUACUGCGCAAACGAGCUCCAGUUCGGCCCGUCCGGGACCCACAAGCCCUCGCCGGGCGAAACCCCUCCGGGCACUGCUGCCGGAGGGAGGCCUGCGCGCGGACCGAAGACGUACACCGUCAAACUGACCCACGUCGCCGCGAUCAACCCAGAGGUUCUUACACGCUUCCUCCAAGGAAUGCAGUCACACGACAGCACCGUUCUCGAAGCGAUCCACGCUCUGAACGUCGCCGUGCGCAUGGAACCGUUCACUCGAUACCCGUUCAACACGCGGUCGUUCUUCACGCGCGAGGGCUCCCGCGACAUCGGCAGCGGUCUGCACCUCUGGCGUGGAUACUUCCAGUCGGUGCGCCCCGCGAUCGGCCGUAUGCUUAUCAAUGUCGACAUAUCCGCGGCGGUCAUGACUGCCCCGGGGCCCGUGAUCCAAGUCGCGUUUCAGGCACUCGAGAGACCCGGCAACACGAACCCCGACAUGCUCGGGCCCACGAAGGGCCUGUCGGAGCGCGAUCGGGGCAAGCUCGAGCGGUUCCUCCGCGGGGUGCGCGUCCACGUUCAGAUCCCAGGGCAGCCGCAGCUCGCGAACCGCCCUGCGCGCGUCGUGAGGGGCCUGUCGACGGUCGGUGCGGACGCGUACCGGUUCGAGCUUGAGACGGGCGAGAAGAUCUCGGUCGCGCAGUACUUCCAAAGGACAUACAACUACAAACUCCGCCACCCGGGCGUCGUUUGCGUGCAGAUCGGGAAGGGGAUGUUCCCGAUGGAGGUCUGCGUCAUCCCAGAAGGGCAGAUUAUGCGCAAGCAACUUCCCCCGGAGAAAACGGACGCGAUGGUCCAGUUUUCUACGCAGAGGCCGCCCGACAGGCUGCGCAGCAUCGUCAACGCGCUCGGGGUGCUCUCGUACGGCCAGUCCGAAUACGUUCGGCAAUUCGGGAUGCAGCUCGCCAGGACGGAGCCGCUCGCGAUCGAUGCGCGGGUCAUUGACGUGCCCACGCUCAAGUACGGCCCCGGGAGCAGACAGUUGACAUUGCAACCUCGCUUUGGGUCGUGGAACAUGGUCGACAAGAAGUUCUUCAAGACGGCCGCCAUCAAGCGAUGGGUCAUCGUCAUCUACGAGCGCGAGCAGCGCUUCAACCGCCAAACGGCGCAGGAUUUGGUGCGGGGCAUGCUCGACGCCCUCGACAUGACCGGUGUGGCCGUCCAGGAGCGGGACCCAGCUAUUCGUUAUCAGGUAAUCAACGGCAGGGUGGCAGAUCACCUCAGAGAUGCCGGCCGCCAGUGUCUAGAAAAGAAUAACAGAGCCGGAGGGCCUGACCUCAUAGUGGUGGUCCUGCCUCCCGGCUCCAACGACCUCUACUCCGGGGUCAAACACUUUGGAGAUUGCACGCAAGGGGUAGCGACGCAGUGCAUGAUGUCGUCCAAGUGCUCGCGCGCGAAGCAGCAGUACUAUGCGAACAUCGCGCUCAAGAUCAACGUGAAGCUCGGGGGAAUCAACACCGUCCCGGACGCACGCUCUGUGCCCGUCCUCACCGACCCGAAGAAUCCGACGCUCGUCUUGGGUGCGGACGUCGUCCACCCCGCCCCAGGCACGCAGGGCCGUCCUUCGUUCACGUCGCUCGUUGGCAACGUCGACUCCGAAACAGCCAAGUACGUGGCCGAAAUUCGGGUGCAAACGGGGCGACAGGAGAUGAUCGAAGACUUGGAAGACAUGGCGGGCAAUAUCCUCAAGAUGUAUCAGUCCUAUCGCUCGCAGGCGGAGAAGAAAGCAGGCACGGCACCGACCCGAGUGAUCUUCUACCGUGAUGGUGUCUCGGAGGGCGAGUUCCAGCAGGUGCUGGACUACGGGGCGUGCGAGGCCGCCGGCGUGCGGCCGAAGAUCACCGUCAUAGUUGUCGGAAAGCGCCACCAUGUACGAUUCUUCCCGACUGGCCAGGACACUGACAAGAGUGGCAACUGCAUGCCUGGCCUCGUGGGCACGUCACGUCCUGCACACUACUCCGUCCUCUACGACGAGAAUGGGUUCACCCCGGACAGCAUUCAAGCGCUCUCCUUUGCGCUCUGUCACGUCUAUGCACGCGCCACGCGCUCCGUCUCUAUCCCUGCCCCUGUAUACUAUGCCGACAUCGUGUGCGCACGCGCGAAGUUCCACUACGACCCGGACGGCUCGCAGCACCUGUCGAUGGAGGACACUGCGACCCACCUGGGCUCGCAGGAUGUCACCAAGCAGCUCGAGGUCUUCCGCGCCGGGUUCAAGCCCCUGAACGAGAAGAUCAGGAAGGUCAUGUACUUCUCUUGA